AUGGCGACGGGGAAGCUUCGGUUUGGCUCUCAUCUUCUUAUAAGAUAGCAUUAAGUUGUCGCCCAAUCUGCAGAAGAUUAUCUGACAGCGCCAAAAUGUUUACUGUAAAGUACGCUAUGUUUCCUGGAUUUAUCCAACGUUCGCCUUCGCUGUCGUGUUAUAUGUCGGAGAAAAAUGGGAUAUAUUGAGUCUAACACUACCAUGGAGUCGAGAAUAGCCUUAGGGAGUGUAUCAUCCGGAUCUGGGUGCAGCCUUGGAAUGAGGGGGAAAAGUUUGAAAAGUAGCCCUUUCUGCCCACGCUCCUCCAGCAAGUUGACACAAUCAAUCAUUAAAGACCACAUGGUGUCUCAUUACAAAAAGGUUUACUCAGCGAAAGCUGCCAUUGAUGCCUCAGUUCCAAAAAGCUUGAUACAUAGUGUAAAGUACAAUGAUCAACUCAGGCAGGAGCGGUUGAGGAAAGGGGUUCGACCUCAGUCAGCCCACUCUCUGUCACAGAGGAAUAGCAGAGCCUCCUGCUCCUCAGCCCAGAGUAGAUUGUCUUUGCAGUAUGAUGAUAGUCCAUACCUUGGCUCGAGGAGCUCUGUGGUCUCAAGUCCAAGAUUCACCACCUCCUUCCACGCCAAGAAGGUGGUUUAUCCAUCAUUCAAAGGAGAUUCCCAGAAGCCUUUUCAUCGCUCGGCAUCAGAAAUAAAAUAUCGGAGCCCAGAAGCAACUCCACACAGAAAACAGUCGACAUAUUCGCUGGAAACAUCUGGUGAUCAUAAUUACUUCAAAACAUUCCAGGACCCAGUUCAGAAGACAUACAGUGGAGACUUGCUUCAAAAACAUUCACAACAUUUCACUCAAGAAAAACCUUUUACUCCUAAGACCCUUAAGUCAGAGAAGAGUUCAUAUCUGUCACAGUACCGCUACUACAGAGCACCACGAAAGAAACCCACUCAGGACACAGAAACAUUUCACAGAAGCACAAAAACCAAGGAAUACUCACGGGAUCUUGAUGAACGAUCUCAGGGAAUCACUACAGAUCAUGAGUGGUCUGAGGACGAUGUCACUGGUACAUAUUUGUCAGCAUCAAGACAACACAGUCAGGCAAACAAGAGCAGAGAACAUGCCUUCUAUGACUCCUUAUCCAGAGUCUCACCAGAACAUAAGAAGUCCCCCAUUAUGAAGAAUAUAUCUGCAGAGGAGGAAGAAUUAAUGUACCUUGAAUUUAUUACUGCUGUAACAGAAGACAUCUUGUCCAGAGGCCACAUCUCUGACAGGGUUCUAGACCGAGUGAUAAAUAGGCACAUUGACAUGAAUCGGUAUCAGCUUGAUGAGGGUAAAAUGCGCCACCUUCUGGACGUGCUACGUAAAGAAUUUGAGGAGCCAAGUAAUAUGUCCAGCUCCAGUCCAAAGCAUGAAAAAAAGGAGAAUUACCUGCUGGACUCACUCCUACCCCAGCUAGGGAGCCUGAAAGAGCUCAAGACCAAAGAAGACAAUGACCAUUUUUCUUAUGCGUCAUUGAUCAAAAACUGUGAGUCGCCAGAUUAUGCUGAUCCCUUAUUAUUUUCUACACCAUUAUGCUCUCCUGGAAGGACGGUUUCAACAACAAAAUACAAUGAAAAGGAAGGAGAAGAUGUCAGUCUGGAAAAGGGUACCGUCUCACCUUCACUCAGUGGUUCAGAUAAAGCAGGUUUCAGUGAAGAGGACCUCCAUCGAGAUGAAAAAGGCACAUCAGUAACAAACAAAGACACCAGUGCUCUAGACCAGGAAUACACAGUCAUACCCAGUGAUGAGGGAUUCCAUCAAGACCAAGCUGAAGCAUCUUAUGACCAGCAAACGAAAGAGCUGGAGGAUCUGGGGAGAAAUUUAUCAGAGUCUCUCCAUGUGUCUGACAACACACACUGCAAUGACAAUAUAGAGACUGCCAAUGAGCAUCAAACAAGUGCAGCUGCUGUUAUCAGUGAUGAUGAAUUCUAAUGUCAACAGUAUUCAGGGAUGAAUGUUUUUAUUACUAUGUGACUAUUUGACAGAGAAAUGGCAUAUUUAAAGUUUCUUAAAAUAUAGUUUUAUAAGCUGU